UAAAUCAUUUCAAACUGGAGCUCAAAACGAGAUGGCAGUUAUAAAUGGUAAAUGGUUUCGAGAAGAAAAUGACCAGUGGGCUGGCUAUAGUGCUAGUUUGGAAAUAGAAGAAAUUUUGUACAAAGAAAGAUCUGAAUAUCAAGAAAUAUUUGUCUUCAAAAGUAAAAGUUUUGGAAAUGUGCUGGUACUAGAUGGAGUGAUACAGAUAACAGAAAGAGAUGAGUUUGCAUACCAAGAAAUGAUUGCAAAUCUGCCUUUGAACUGUCAUCCAAAUCCACAAAAGGUACUGAUUGUUGGUGGAGGGGAUGGAGGAGUAGUGAGAGAAGUUCUAAAGCAUCCGUCUAUACAGAAGGUUGUUUUAUGCGAGAUUGAUGAGAAAGUAGUAGAGGUUAGUAAGAAAUAUUUACCACACUUAGCACAAAGUUUUGAUAACCCCAGAAUGGAAUUAUUUAUUGGAGAUGGGAUACAGUACAUGAAAGAUCACAAAAAUGAGUUUGAUGUCAUAAUAACAGAUGCACCUGACCCAAUAGGGCCUGCAGUUGGACUUUAUGAGGAAGAUUACUAUAAUAACAUGAAAAAUGCCUUAAAUCCAGAUUUUGGUAUUAUUUGCUGCCAAGCUGAAAACCUGUAUUUAGAUCUACCAUUCAUUGAAAAGUUAAUGGAAGUAUCAAGGAAGAUAUUUCCAAAAGCUGAUUAUGGAUUAACACUUGUACCAACAUAUACAGGUGGCCAUAUUGGAUUCAUUCUUUGUAGCAGCAAUCCAGAUACCUGUUUUAGGGAGCCAUUAAUGACUUAUACAGAUGCUGAAAUUAAAGAAAGGAAUUUAAAGUAUUAUAACACUGAUGUCCAUAGGGCAUGUUUUACCCUUCCCCAGUUUGCAAAAGAGAAGCUGUUCCCUGAUGGAGAAUCUCAACAGCAAAGCACUGUUAAAUGAAAAGAGAAGGCUGAUAGAUUAUAGUUGACUCUUGCAAAUUUAUGUAAAACCAUAGUGUUAGUCCCAAGUUUUUUUAUCAAUUUAUACUGUUAACGUGGAUGAUAACUGCACAUUUAUUUGCACUGUACUAUAUAAUGGUCAUCUAUACUUAGUGUUCUUUUAAAAUGUAACCUAUAGCCACCUUUUUAGCGCACAAUCAAAUGACCAAUCAGAGGGAAUUUUUCAGUCAUGCAAAUUAAAACUAAACAUGGCCAUAAUUAACACUAUGGUAAAAUGUUUCAGAAACCAUAUCUGAUGUUCCUGCCUAUCAGCCAAUACUGUUAUUGUUAACUGUUAAUUGUAAAUAGAAUGUAAGAUUCUUAGCUUAUCAUACAGAAUUCAGGGCAUAAACCAUGCACACAUUUCUGGAAUAAUUAUAUAGUAUAGAAAUUAGGAGAUGUGGUAUGAAUAUGCGAAUGAGAUAACUAUUCACCAGAGUUCAAAUAAGUGGAUAUAAGCAAUUACAGGUCACUGUAAGGCCUUCAACAAUGAGAAAAAUCCUUGAUACCAAAUUAUAAUACAAUCUUUAUGUAACAACUUUUUUCAUUGGCUAAAGUUUACUGUCAACUACACAAUCGACAUGCCUUUAGUCACCAUUUUGAAUUGCUCGAAUUCACAAAUGUUCGAUUGAUACAAUAUAAUUGAAAAUAAAUCAUAUAAUACCUCAAAAACGCCGUUUCAAUUAGAACACUAGUAUAUCUAAAUCUGAAUCGUACAAAUAACGAAAUAACCUUUGGGUUGAAUGUU